AUGCCCACUCACGAAGGCUCCCUCAUGCUGUUGGUCUUCGACCAGGCCGGUAAACUCCCCUGCAACAUAGUGGUCUCUUGUCUCUGGACGGAAGGGGUCGUGGCCUGUCCUCAGUCGGCUGAGGGUGACCACGAGUGCGAGGCUGAAGGGACCUCCCUGCCUCACCCGCCUCACCCCCCCACUCCCCUAGUCCCAGAGGGGGGUCCGACCCACCACAACGGCCUGGGAGACGGGGAGGACACCCAGGCUCUGGACACACUGAUCCCAGAGACAAGCCUCUAA